AGCUGGCCUCCUCAAUGUUUCUGUUGCUGCUGGACAUGUGGUGAUAAAACGACGGUAGAGCACUGAAAAGGGUGUUUCUAACCUGAAAAUCUGUCUUUAAAAAACCAUACCUCCUUUAAAACGCUGUACAGCCAAAAUGUCGGAAUCGGUAGCUGACUUUCAAUCGCAGAUUGUGUUUAUAAUGGAUGUGUUGAUGAGGGUGGCUGUGAAGGAAAUAACCAAACUUUUCGAAGGACACUCCAUCGAUUCUGGAAGAUCUAAAGUUGAAACUGUGGAAAAUCCCUGGGGGAAGUCUGUUUUCCAAUCGGAUUUACGAACUGACAUGGAAAAUGCAUUGAAACAUUGUGGAGAUAAUUAUAAAUGCAGUGUUGGUGUGCAAGUUGGAGAUGAAUUCAUUACACAUGAGAAAGAAGCUCUGACGCACCGACAGCCCAACCCCCACCAUCACCCCCUGUGUAGCUCACAUCAAAGUCCUCAGCAAGAAGGGGGAGUGGCCACUGAUCUACGGGAGAAGGUGGCGCUGGAAGCCGUCGACCUGCACUGCACUGUUGACUUGCCUUGCAUGGUGCUCAAAGACAGGGAUGGAGAGUCUGGAAGUAGCCAUACAAAUAACCUGUCUGGAACACAGCAGACUGAGUUGCCCAGUGCUACCAAUGACACCAUGGAGCUUAACAGUCUUUUUGACUCUUUGAAAAAGUCUUUGGCGUGGCCAGAAAGCCAAGAGCCAGAUUGUGUCUCCAAGGCCACGUGCAACAAGACAGAACAACCAGAGCAAAGCUCGGAUGACCUCGACUGUGAGAAGUUCGUUCCACAUUCAGAGACUCUCACCACCACCACCCCCAUGAGUCUGUCAGACCAAAGCACCAACAACUCACAUUUGGUCAGCGGCACCAUAGCUCCUGAGCAGGUGAUGGUGCCAGAGCCUCCACCCUCCCCCUUCAGACACAAGACUGUGCACUUUCAGAUGGGGGUGAACCACGCAGACUGGAAGCUGCUGAAACCCUGCUCGGUGCAGCUGGUCAACGUGCGGCUGCUGGCGACGGCCUCCAAUUGGCCGAGGUUCCGCCUGGCCGGCCCCAAGCGCUUUCCCAGGCCCAAGGACCUGCGCGCCCACCAGGGCCUCCACACUGGCCGGCGUCUCUGCUGCUUCACCGAGUGCGGCAACGGCGUGUGGCGGCUGCAGCGCGUCCUUUCCUCCUCGUUGCCGCCGACCGCCGGAAGCCCCCUCGCCUGCAAGAUCUGCGGCAAGAAUUUCAAGCGGCGCAAGAUCCUGCGGCGGCACGAACGCUUCCACACGGGCGAGCGGCCUUACUCUUGCACGCUCUGCAGCAAGGCCUUCACGCUGCGCAAGAGCCUGCGCCGCCACCUGCGCUUCCAUUCUGGGGAGAGGCCGCACGGGUGCCCGCACUGUGGCAAGUGCUUCCGACUCAAGGACAACCUGAAGACCCACCUGCGGUUCCACACCGGGGAGAGGCCCUACGCCUGCACUCUCUGCCCCAAGAGCUACCGGAUCCUUAAGAACCUGGAGAGGCACAGUCUCACGCACUGAAACCACGGAGGGUGGCUGGUGUUGUGGUGGGGAGAAAAACAAACUGGAUGUGUGUGCUUCCUGUGUCAAGCGCAGUGUUUGGAAGAGCAUGUGUUGGCAUGGGUGGUUUGUGUAAGUCUGCAUGGCAAUAAGUAUGCCAAACAGACUAUGUGAGUUAUGAUCAUUGGAGAGCAUGGAGAAUUAUCAGAUGUAAACUGAGAGAGAGCUGACAGUGUUAACACUUUUUCAUAGCCAUGUAUGGUUACACAAAUAUGUGUUUUGUUUGUUUUGUUUUGUUUUUUUGAGGAAGUGACCCCAACUAAAGAAGUAUGUUUAGGGUCCAGACAUGACCUUGAGACUCGGGUCACCUUUUGGGGUUUAUAGUAAAUAGGCUUAACCCUAUGAGACGGCUUAAUGUUUAUCUUCCACUCCAUGCCACCACAUCAUGCUGAAUCAUGUCCGUCUCUCAUCCACUUCCCCUUUGUGUGGAGCUGUUUCUCAAAAGAUGAUUACGUUUCAGAGAAGCCAGACCUCAGUAUAUCUGAUGGAUUGUUGGCAUUUGCUGUAAUGACAUUGCUUCCUGCUGAGGUUAGAAGAGUUUAUUUUUCUCAGGUUUACAUGGCUAGUUUAUACCUGGAAAAACUGGUUGGUAGAUGUUUGUCAUGGCAAAGAAUAAGCUAUAGUAUAACGGCCAGUAUCAGGUUAUAACCAAUGGUGAGAUAUGGUGAUUGUCAUGUAGCAGAAAGCAAAUCAUUUACUAAACAUGCUGCCCAUAGUUUAAUCAAUCAGUGUUUCCUUAAUCAGUCAAUUCUCACAAUCUAAUUUGAUCAUGUUUUACACUUGUCUUUAACCACUGAAUGUUAAAGCUGCAAACGGAACUAACACUGGAACCAGUUUAACACUCAUAUUUGGUGAUGGGCUGUUUAUUGAGAAUAAAUGGAAAAUGAGGUAGAAACUUUAUUAUAGCAUAUAUAACACGAACAUUUUGUAUAUGUAACUUUGUGUAUGUGGUAACCAUUUGUUUACCUUUUCUUUCUUUUUUUACAAACCAUGCUCAAAGGGGACUAAUCAUUUAGCUCCCAAAGAGAUCUUGCUCUGUCUUUGUGUUUCCUUAAGUAAAGAUUUUUUUAAGUAUA